GAUGAUAACACUAGCUUAUAUUAACAUGGGAGAGCUGGUGUAGCCACAAAGGAUCUCGGGUAACUCACUUGGUGCCGCAAUGAACGUGCACGUCGUGUGGGGGCUGAUUCUGCUUGGCGUCUGUGAUGUUGCUGCGCGAACUAUCAUGGAGGCACUGGCUUCCAGGUACGACAUCAUGUCCUUUUCAAGUCUCGUACGAAGAGCUGGACUGGAGAGUCUCCUAAACACGGGAAAAUACACCGUGUUCGCCCCGGUAGACGCGGCAUUUCAACUGCUUCCCGAGCAGAUGAUUUCGCAGCUAUACCUGAAAGAGAACCUGCCCCAGUUGAAGGCUCUGGUCAAGUAUCACAUUGUGCCGUACACUGGGAACACGCACCGCCACUGGACAGGGGAGAAAGUCAACACCCUGGCAUCAAAACCUGUACGCAUGGUCACCUACCCCCACAACAAGGUGACUGUUGUCAACGGCGUCGUCCUCACGGAAUCGAACCUGAGCGUCUCCAACGGACAUAUAUAUCUGCUGAGCACUACCCUGGCCGCUCCUAGUGGUGAUAUUGUCAAAAGUCUACAACAGGACUCCACGUACUCCAAGUUUCUCACUGCUGCCGCCUUGUCAGGAAUGACGAACAAACUUAAAGAAGACAACAUCACAGUCCUUGCUCCUUCUGAUGACGCAUUUCUUAAAAUGAAUAAAACUAGAACAGAUGCUUUGUUUAACAACGUACCCCUGCUACGAGCAUUGGUGGAAUUCCACAUCCUGCCAGGCGUCUACUACAGUUAUGGCUGGUAUAAUAAAGAGGACAUCCACGAUGACAACCCAAAAUACGACAUUACCUACACUGUCCACGAAUACGGUAACCAUUUGUUCUGGAUUACACCAUUUGAUGGAAGCGUCUGGAACCAGGAUUGGCUUGCAACUAAUGGCGUCAUUCAUGCCAUCAGUGGAGUGAAGUAUACAUGGCCGUUCAUUGGAGAUCUUAACAGGAUAAUCGGCUAAAACCAAGAUUGGAGACACCACAUUCUAAUUAAAGAUAUGUUUACGUGAACUACCGUAUAUUUUGUCAUUUGCACGGAACUCAUCCUAAUCGACGUGAGUGUUGCUGGGGCUUCGGUCCUGCUCAACCAGAAAAUAUAUGUUCCAAGGAUACCAUUAUUCGAAGCAUACUUCGGUACCCACUGCGGCGAAUGGUCAUGUUAUGGAGACACGUUGGGAAUUAGUUCAUUCUGCUUCCGGAAUCAAUUGAUUCGAGUGAUUUCUCGGACUUGAACCAUUUAAUUGUUGAUAAAUACAUUAUCAAAA